UGACCAAUGUGAGCGGCGGCGAAAGGCAGAAGUUUACAGCGAGCGGCGCCGAGCGAUUGGCCAAAAGUGGGUCAACUCCGCCUCAUUCACAUGACUUGGAUUUUCUGCAGGGGAGAGAGAAGCGUCAAUGUGUUCGCUCGCUGGCAGAGCCGCUUAGUGCAGGAGAGAGAGAGGGAGCUGGAUAGAGAGAGAGAGAAGCAGAAUAUUCCACCCCAGGUCCUUGACGUAAGGGUUUUUCUUGGGGGGAGCGGAUGGGCGAGGACUGAGGGGAUCUCCAGCCGAGUGCAGAGCCGCCGCUGUCCGUCCCCCACACGACCGAGCCCCCGCGAACGGAGCCGCCCGGAGAUGUCCCGCCCGGUCCCGGUCGCCCUCAACUCCCGGUUCGUGCCGGCGACGCACGGAGUCCUCAAGUCGCUGCUGGAGAACCCGGUCAAACUGCCGCCGCGGCAGGACGACGGUUUCAGUAAGGAGGAGAAGGAGAAACAGUUGGAAGAUGAAGCAGCGAGCAGCACCGUCACACAGUCUGCCUUCCUGGGACCCACGCUGUGGGACAAGACGCUGCCCUACGACGGCGACACCUUCCAGCUGGAGUACAUGGAUCUGGAAGAGUUCCUUUCGGAGAACGGCAUUCCGCCCAGUCCGUCGCACCAGCAGAAGGCAGGACAGCACUCGCCACUCCAGCACCCUGGUGCCCCGCAGGCGCCGCCCAUCGACCUCAGCAGGGCCGGCACCUCUGUUCUCCCAGCACCGAGUCCACAGAAUCUCCUACCCAACACGGCAAGGACAGGCCAAAUCCUACCGCCCAGCCGCAACACGCCAAGUCCGAUUGACCCAGAGAGCAUCCAAGUGCCAGUCAGCUACGAGCCAGAUCCCGCUGACCUGGCCCUGUCCAGUAUCCCGGGGCAGGAGAUGUUCGACCCACGCAAGCGCAAGUUCACGGACGAGGAGCUGAAGCCUCAGCCAAUGAUUAAGAAAGCCCGUAAGGUCUUUGUGCCUGAUGAGAUGAAGGAUGAAAAGUACUGGGCUCGGCGCAGGAAGAACAAUAUGGCGGCCAAGCGCUCCCGGGAUGCCCGGCGCCUGAAGGAGAACCAGAUCGCCAUCCGCGCGGCCUUCCUGGAGAAAGAGAACUCGGCACUGCGUCAAGAACUGGCCGACCUGCGGAAGGAGCUAAGCAGGUGCAAGAACAUCCUCUCCAAGUACGAUGCCUGACCACCACCCCACCAGAGGGCUCUGGAGGAAGUUUGCAAGACCUGAUCCAGCUCCCCCCUGUUUCCUCCCCCUCCCCCCUCCCCCCACCACCUGUUCCGAGCACAAGCCAGGAGGGACAGAUUGGCAUCAGUUCCAGAGUCCUGUGUCCCCUUUGGAAACAGGGCCUACCUUCCCCCUAGAAACAGUAAUCAUAGUAAGAUCUUCAAUUUCACUUUCAGAGCCCCCUCCCUCCCCUGAAAUCCAGCAUGAUCCAUCUCCCCCCCCCCCCCACCACCACCCAGCACACAAACGGGUCGUCAAAUGCUCUUAAUCUCCCGUUUUUUUUUUAAACUGUUGUUAGAUAAUUGCAGAGUUUUAAAAAAAAGCAUUUGUAAUCAGUCACCCAUAUGGAGUUCUCUAGCCCCUGGGCUUCUAACCGCAGACCCUGCGCCUGUUUUUUGAGAACUCGUCUGUUGCUUCUAGAUCCAAGUUCAUUUCUUCCCCUCGCUUUUGGCGAUAGGUCCUGCCUUUCCCCAUAGAAAUAGUCAUCGCUGUAAGAUCUUCAAUUUCGCUUUCAGAGUUCCUAACCGCCCCUGAGAUCCAGCAUGACCCCCCUCCCCCAUCCAGCAGACAAGCAGGUUGUCAAAUGCUCUCAAUCUCCUAUUUUUAAAAAAAAAUCUGUUGUUAGAUAAUUGCAGAGUUUUAAAGAGAAAACAUUUGCAACCUGUCACUGACUUCUAACCCCAGGCUGUGCAUUGGUUUUUUGACAGCUCAUUCUUCCCCAUCAUUCCCACCUUCUCUCCCCCCCCCCCACUAUUCUCCAACCUCUGAACUUCUGGUGAAGGAGAAAAUGCUCAAGAUUAUAUAUAAUUUAAAUUUUAGUUGUUAACUGUAUCUCCUUUCUCUGUGAUGUAUCCCUAAUGUGCUUUUUUAGAAUGAAGACGGUAACCUUUCAACGUUGGUGAACUUCCUCCUCCAAGUGCAUGCUUGUUUAUGAAAACAAUUUAACAAUUGUGAUUUUACUCCCUUCUCCCAACACUCUUUUCAUCUCCCUGAGUGUAAGGCAUGGCGUGUUGGGCUAAGCUUUUAUUUUUCUCCAAACUAAAAGCAAUAAUGGUAUUUAACGUCAGUGAAGGCAAGGUUUGUGGUUGUCUUGGAGUCCUGGUUGGUCCAAGAGGGCUGGAAGAGCCUCCCUUUCUCCAAAGCUGUUGGGAUCUCGGAUUAAUCAGUUGCUCUUUAUGUCAGCUCCCCACCUCGGAGGUGGGGGCUGGCUGUCUGAACGAGGGGCUCCCAUACCACGAAGAAUUAGCACCAGCUAUUGAGAAGGGGGAUCGAUUCUCUUUUUUAAAAAAUCUGCAAAGAAGUGUAACCCUUGUGGGUUUUGAAGGCCACUUGAUUUUGGAUAUUUGAAUGUAGAGGUGGUCAGUACAGGCCCCCAGUGAUCAGGGUUUAGCUGUGAAUGGUGGUAAUUCUCGCUUUCAGCCUGAUUUAUACUCACCAAAAGCAUAGAUGUUCUAUAUGAUAAUGUUAAUGUUUAUAGAGAGAAUUAUAAAGGUCCUUUUUGUACAGUAUUUUUGAAUGGAAUGCUGACAAGUGUAUUUUAAGAAAAAUAAAGUUAUAUUAUAUAUUGUGUAUUCUAUAAAGAAAGAGUUUAGAUCAUAGAACAGAAUGCUUCACUCUUCAGUGGACAGGGAGAGAGGCUUUAACUUCAAUGUUUGGAUACUGGGGCAGUUGUCUUUUCCUUCAACUCAGAGACGCAGUAAAUCAGUUUCUGGAAAGCUAAAAGUUUGUAUAAAGCAGCCCUCUUCAGUAAGGCCCAAUGAUACAGAUCAGUCAGGUUGGGUCGGGUGGAUAUGGCUUCAAGAUCACAUCAGAGCAGUUUGACUGAGUUUGAGCUCCUUGGUGUAGAACGAACUUCUCUUCUCUCUGAGUCUGACCCAGGGAGUGUGUGAUGGGACGGUAUAGAGGGAGCUUCUCUCUGAGUCUGACCCCGGGAGUGUGUGAUGGGACGGUAUAGAGGGAGCUUCUCGCUGAGUCUGACCCCGGGAGUGUGUGAUGGGAUGGUGUGGAGGGAGCUUCUCUCUGUGUCUGACCCCGGGAGUGUGUGAUGGGAUGGUGUGGAGGGAGAUUCACUCUGUAUCUGACCCCGGGAGUGUGUGAUGGGACAGUGUAGAGGGAGCUCCACUCUGUGUCUGACCCCAGGAGAGCGUGAUGAGACCAUGAGGUGGGAGCUUCACUCUGUGUCUGACCAUGGGAGUGUGUGAUGGGACAGUGUGGAGGGAGACUCACUCUGUGUCUGACCCUGGGAGUGUGUGAUGGGACAAUGUGGAGGGAGUUUCACUCUGUACUUGACACUGGGAGUGUGUGAUGGGACAAUGUGGAGGAAGUUUCACUCUAUCUGACACUGGGAGUGUGGGAUGGAACAACGUGGAGGGAGCUUCACUCUGUGUCUGACCCCAGGAGAGCGUGAUGAGACCAUGAGGUGGGAGCUUCACUCUGUGUCUGACCAUGGGAGUGUGUGAUGGGACAGUGUGGAGGGAGACUCACUCUGUGUCUGACCCUGGGAGUGUGUGAUGGGACAGUGUGGAGGGAGUUUCACUCUGUGUCUGACCCUGGGAGUGUGUGAUGGGACAAUGUGGAGGGAGUUUCACUCUGUACUUGACACUGGGAGUGUGUGAUGGGACAAUGUGGAGGAAGUUUCACUCUAUCUGACACUGGGAGUGUGGGAUGGAACAACGUGGAGGGAGUUUCACUCUGUAUCUGACACUGGGAGUGUGUGAUGGAUGAUGCGGAGGGAGCUUCAUGUGUGAUACUGGGAGUGUUUGAUGGGACCAUGUAGAGGGAGCUUCUCUCUGUGUCUGACCCUGGGAGUGUGUAAUGGGAUGCUGUAGAGAGAGCUUCACUCUGUGUCUGACCCCGGGAGUGUGUGAUGGGAUGGUGUGGAGGGAGCUUCACUCUGUGUCUGACCUCAGGAGGGUGUGAUGAGACCGUGUAGAGGGAGCUUCACUCUAUCUGACCCUGGGAGUAUGUGAAGGGAUGGUGUGAAGAGAGUUUCACUCUGUGGCUGAUCCCAAGAGAGUGUGAUGGAACGUUGUGGAGGGAGUUUCACUACAUGUCUGACCCCGGGAGUGUGUGAUAGUGCGGUACAGAGGGAGCUUCACUGUGUAUCUGAGCACAGGAGUGUGUAACGGGCUUGUGUACAGGGAGCUUCACUUUGUGUCUGACCCUGGGAGAAUGUGAUGGGACAGUGUGGAGGGAGCUUCACACUGCGUCCAAACCCAAGAGUGUGUGGUGGGAUGAUGUGGAGGGAGCUUCUUUCUGUGUCUGAUCCUGGGAGUGUGUGAUGGGACAGUGUGGAGAGAGCUUCUUUCUGUGUCUGAUCCUGGGAGUGUGUGACGGGUAGGUGCAGAGGGAGCUUCUUUCUGUGUCCGAUCCUGGGAGUGUGUGAUGGGACAGUGUGGAGGGAGCUUCACUCUGUAUCUGGCCCUGGGAAUAUGUGAUGGGACAGUGUGGAGGGAGCUUCUUUCUGCAUCUGAUCCUGGGAGUGUGUGAUGGGUAGGUGCAGAGGGAGGUGUGCUCUGUGUCUCACCUGCAUCUCCUUGCUGUGGGUACAUCUAAUAGGACAUUGUAGGGAGAGCUUUGCCCUGAUCCUAACUUUAGAAAUAUCUUCCCAGGGAAGCCUUGGAACUACUCUAAUGAGCAAAGUUUUGGUGCAAACCGUUUACUGAGAUUUUUCUCCUUACACAUCAAUCAUGGGGUAAUGUGAUUCCCUGAGAAUUAAUCUCAGCAUUUGGGUCUUGUUCCGCUCUAGUUGUUGGCUUGUGGUCCUGAUAAAGUUAAAACCAUGAAAUUGUUCCUACAUUAAGUCACACUCUAGGGUCAGAAUUCGGCACAUUCUGGGCCCGUGGAGAUGCACUAGAAUUCUGAAACUCUUAGUAAAUGAUGUUGGGUAUAGGUAGCAGGUCAGGUUACAGGGAGAUCUUUGACUGGGUCUUUUUGUCAGUCCCUUGACAAAGCAGCAUAAUUAUGGGCUCACUAAUGCUGAUUGCUACUUGGAAGAGGCAGGCAAGUUGUAAUGUCCUUUAUCUCUCAGAAGCUACCCUGAGGACGCUUUCCAGCAUUUUCUGUUUUGUUUGGGACAUACAGCAGGGAAUGAGUGCCUUUUCAUCUGCGAUGAAACCCAUGUUUAACUGGGGAAGGUUUAGCUUACAGAUCAGUGUAUUUGCUUUCAAUUCCUAUUUAUUUAAAGCUUUGAACAAUAUAAUUGUGACCUCCACUCCCUUUCCUCGCCAGGCAUUUCUCUGCUGCUGCAGAAUAUUGAUAAUGAAUCAAUGUGUGGAGAAAUCCUGGGCGAAGUGGCAGGUGGUGGGAUUUGUCCAAGCUGAGUGCAGGGGAAUGCUUUCUCCAUGUAAAGCAGAAUUUGUAUAUUUACGAAAUGAAAGGGGAACGGCUGAUUGUGAAGAUCCAAAUUGAAAACUGAAAUUGCUGGAAUAGACCCAUCAAACCCCGAUGUGUGAUGAGGCGUUAAGAUGCAAUUCUUCAAAAACCCGAUCUCUAUCUGCCUUUUAUAACUGAGCUGCUAUGUUAAGUUUUUUUUUAAUUUAUGUAUUUAGUAAUUGGUCACAAUUGAGCAAGGACGUUUAUAAAGCCUUCACUCUAAACCUAAGAGGAUGUCUAAGUCUUUUAGCUUCAACGCUUACUAAUUUAUAAUAACAUUACAAAUAAAGUGUUUUAUUUUCAGUGGAGUGAUGUUUUUUUUUCAAGAAAGAUCAAAUUAAAGAAGAAAAAAGAAUCAUCAACCCAUUGUAUUCCUGGCAACACUGUCAGGUGAUCAGUUAUAAAAGUAAGUAACCAGAAUACUUUUCAGUUGUCUCCUAGUUUGCAUCUAUUGUGCAGCCCGUUCCCAGCUGUAUGUAUUUGUAGAACUGUUUUAAUAAAUUCUCUUGUUGCCUUG